AUGGCCUCGCUCAAGUUUCUGUGCGAAAAUAAAGCACAAAACUCAGGGGAAAGCCCGAAAACGCAAGUCAGCGUUUCCCUAGCCGAACCCAUCAAAAGACAUCCGGCGCCCAUUAGCCGCCGCCUAGAGAAGCGCGCUGUCCCGGGUUCCAGGGAAGGAACCUUCCCGCUAAUUAUUUACUGGUGCCCGCGCGGCCCCUCGCGGCCAUCUCGUGAAUCACUGAAAUUCUCAAUAGCCCAGGUCUACUUCCUAGUGGCAGGAGUGAUACUCUGCUCCAUCCCUGCUCGCCCUCUUGGCUGGAACUUGCCUUGGAUCCAGAGCCUACAGAACAGGGAACUCUUCAUACUUUUGAGACAGAUGAAGAAGAUCCCGUUUCAGUCAUGCCUAGAGGACAGAACCGACUUCAAAUUUCCUUGGAAAAGAGGGAAUAUCACAGAAAUCCUGACGACUCAAGGCACCGGCUACCACCAUCUGACGCUCCAGCAGAGUAACCUCUUCAACAAGGAAGAAAGCCAAGCUGCUUGGAACAACACCCUACUCCAUAAACUACUCUCUAGCCUUGAUCACACCUUGGAACUACUGCAUAAGCAAGUGGAAAGUGACAAUCUGGACUGUCCAUAUUUGAGAAUUGUCCCAAAAUAUUUCCAAAGAAUCCAUCUCUAUCUGAAGGAAAAGGAAUACAGCCCCUGUGCCUGGGAGGUUAUCAGAGGAGAAAUUAAAGUGUUCCUUUCUCUCAUGUAAUAAUUCUCCAAUUACUGUCAACAAAUAAAGAAGAAAGGUACACUUGUGA